UCUCGGUUUACCAACUGAAGGUUAGUUUACGUCUGCAAAGAAUUCUUCUCCUCGUCCCCCGCCAUCGUACAUUGUGCUGAUGCCCCGGUCCUUUGCAUAGCCAAUUUCAUGCCGACGCUCGCCUAUCCAGUUCAUAUUCUCCGCUCUAUACGCAGCUCCACCACAAAAUCUUGGAGACGUUAACUCGUUCUUCAAAUUCUGUUUCAUACUUCCGUCCAGGACAAACGCCUUCUCUUCUGCCGUUCGUUUGCAACGCAUCAAGAGAGCCGUCUUGUUGCUACAUCCCCUCCAUUGGACUUCGUGUGAACAACCCCUCGACAAAUCAAUUUCACAGAUCCCGUCUUCGAAUUUACUAUAAGCGUCACCGUGACACCUUUGAGCGAGUCCGAUUUCGAUCUCCAAAAAACAAUUUCUUCCUCUUGUCGGCUUCUUCAAUAGCCAUUCACUCUUUAAUUCCUUCUCGUCUUCAGUUUAUACAGUCUAAUAUCUCCUUUCGCCAACUACAGUACAGCUCAUUAACUUGAUCUGUAUUCACAUUCCUUUACUAUACAACCAUACCAUUCACACGUUCAUACCGAACAUCAGUUCUUGAAGGUCCUGGAGAUCUUGACAAAGUCCAAUCAUUUGAACCAACUCAAUCCACUACCUUCCUCAGAGACCUUUUUACCUUUCACACCUACCACACAUCGCCAGGCUCGUGGCCCUACCACCCACCAUGGCUUACAUCAACAUGGCUCCUCACCAACCAUGCGAUAGCUACUUUGUCGAAACCGAGGAUACUACGUGCGUCAUCUCUAACGCAGAACGCCUUCAGUAUGAGUCCAUUAUCAAGAGGCAACGACAGGAACGCAUUGCAGAUGAGCUCUCUCAGGAAGUCCGUGCCGAGUACCUGCCAGAAAUCGUCGAUCAUAUGGCAGCCAUGGAGAAACAAACUCUCCCAGACGUUGCUUCGAUCGAUAUCCAAGAAGAGAUCAAAUGGUUCAUGCGGCCGUACCUCGUUGACUUCUUAAUUGAAGGUCAUACGUUCUUCCAACUCCUUCCCGAGACCAUGUUCCUCGCCAUGAACCUCCUCGAUAGAUACUGCUCCCGUCGUGUCGUCUACAAACGCCACUACCAACUCGUCGGCUGUGCCGCCCUGCUCAUCGCUGCCAAGUAUGGUGACCGCAAGGACAGGGUGCCGCUGAUCAGGGAACUCAAGAGCAUGUGCUCCAUGCUAUACGACGAAGAGAUGUUCACCCAGAUGGAGUGGCACGUACUCAACACCCUCGACUGGGUCAUUGGACAUCCUACCGUGGAUAGCUUCCUUCAACUUGCACUUUCCAACGCUGCUGAGGAGGACAUCGAGCUGGAGCACAUGGCUUGGUACAUCUGCGAGAUUGCCCUGUAUCACAGAGACUUCGUUUCCACGAAGCCCUCCGUUAUGGCGCGAGCUUCGCUGACCCUUGCCCGUGCCAUCCUUGGCCGUCGGGAAGUCGUCUACGCGGAUUGGGGCCAUGAUGACAACAUCACUCUAGUGGCGUUGUCUCAGCAGCUGGAGCAGCCGUCGAAGAUCCUCGCCAAGAAAUACUCUUCACCUUACAUGUCUAGUGCUUCGGCUGUUCUCGAGAAAUUCAUGGAGCACCAGGCCGCCAUUGCCCGCCGUCCAUCUCCACCAACUCCUCCAAACGACUUCUACCACAAGUCGGUCGACAACAACGACCACAUCUACAACACUCCACAAAAGCCUUCCAACAACCCAACGAUGGCCAAUGGUUAUAUCACGCCGCCGAUCACUCCUGAGGGCGAUUACAACCUAGCAGUAGGCAACAACUCGUACCAAGGACACCCGCAAAGACGUCCGAUCACACCGACGCCAGUCAGCAACGACGUAUACCACCAUCGCCACCAACAACAACAACAACAGUACCACCACUAUCAACACAUCUGAUCAUUGACAGCAUGGCUGGUAGCUGAGCGUCUCCCGGUAUAAUGGCUGCAAGGCAACUUACGGCAUCGACUAUGCGAGACAGCCUUUCCUAUGUAACACAACCACGUAUAUAAGGCAUCAGUGGCAUAAGCGAAUCUUUUCCAAGUCUACGGCAUUAGCGAUUUACUACUCGUCUCGUUUUGUCAUUUCAAGCGGUUAUCAUAUCUUCUGCUUUUUUUAUACUACUCAAUACCUCAUACCCCCAAUAUUCCCGGAAACAAACAACAACAAAAUCAAGGGUUAUAAAAAGCCAUUUGGGUGCGCAUUAUCGCACACAACGGCAGCAUGGGCUGGGAAAGAAGGAAGUUAAUUUGGGCUUCUUCUUUCUUAGGUCUUUCCGAUAAAAAAUGUUUUUGUGCUUAUUCGAAGAGCGAAAGACCAAAAGAGUUGAGUGGGGCAGCAAGCAGUUGGUUGGGAAGUAAAGAGAGGAGGGAAGUGGUAAAGGCCGGAAGAGCUAUUAAGCUAUAAAACCUUCUUCUGCGAGCAGAGAGGGUGUGGGGGGAGUUCCCAAGACUUUUUUAAAGAGAGGGCGAUAUAUCUGGAAUAAUGAAAGAUAUUA